AUGGACGAGAGCAUCGGCCCCAAGGUGGAGAGAUAUCCAUCUCCUCCCAGCUCUGGGGACGAGAAGGGGUCCGUCGACAGCGAUGCGGCCAAGCUGGCGGCCAUGGGCUACACCCAGGACAUGACUCGCAAGUUCUCGGUGCUGUCUCUGCUCGCCGUCGGUUUCUCGCUCACCAACUCGUGGUUUGGCAUCUCUGCCUCCCUGGUGACCGGCAUCAACUCGGGCGGCGCGGUGCUGACCAUCUAUGGCAUCCCGUGGAUCGCAUUCAUCUCGACCUGCGUGGGCAUCACCCUGUCCGAGCUCGCCAGCGCCAUGCCCAAUGCCGGGGGACAGUACUUCUGGGCCAACGAGCUCGCUCCCAAGAACUAUGCGAACUUCGCCUCGUACCUGACCGGCUGGUUCGCCUGGUCCGGCAGCAUCUUCACCUCUGCCAGCGUUGCCCUGGGCCUAGGGGCGGCCGCCGUGGGUAUGUGGCAGAUGGGCCAUCCAGACUUCUCCCCCCAGCCGUGGCAUACGGUUGUCGCAUACCAGGUGAUAAACGGCUUCGCCUUUCUCUUCAACUGCGUGGGAAGGCUUCUCCCCAAGAUCGCGACGGUCACCCUGUACACCUCCCUGAUCUCCUUCAUCACCAUCCUCAUCACCGUCCCGGCGAAGGCGCCCACGCACCAAUCCGCCAAAUUCGUCUUUGCUACCUUCAUCAACUCCACGGGCUGGAAGCAGGAUGGGAUCGCCUACCUGGUCGGCCUGAUCAACACCAACUGGGUGUUUGCCUGUCUCGAUGCCGCAACACACAUGGCCGAAGAGGUCGCAGCCCCUGAACGGUCGAUCCCCAUCGCCAUCAUGGGCACCGUCGCCAUCGGCUUCGUCACCGCGUGGUUCUACGUGAUCUCCAUGUUCUUCAGCCUGAACGACUUCAACACCGUGGCCAAGUCCCCGACCGGAGUCCCCAUCCUCGAACUGUACUUCCAGGCUCUGGGCAGCAAGGCCGGCGCCAUCGUGCUCGAGUCUCUCGUCCUGGCUACCGGAAUCGGCUGCCAGAUCGCCUCUCACACAUGGCAGUCUCGCCUAUGCUGGUCCUUUGCUCGCGACCGCGGCCUCCCUUUCCACACCUCCCUGGGCCUGAACACGAUCAACCGGAAGCUCGAUGUGCCCCUGGCCGCGCACUCCUUCAGCUGCGCCAUCGUUGGUCUCCUCGGGCUCUUGUUCCUGGGCUCCUCGACCGCGUUCAACAGCAUGGUCACUGCAUGCAUCGUGCUGCUGUACGUGUCCUACGUCAUUCCUGUUGUCUGUCUGCUCAUCAAGGGCCGCAAUAACAUUCCUCAUGGACCCUUCUGGUUGGGCAACUUUGGCCUCGCCGCGAAUAUAGUUCUGCUUGCCUGGACCUUAUUCACUCUGAUCAUGUACUCUUUCCCUUCAGUCUAUCCCGUCACCGCUGGGACGAUGAACUAUGUCUCUGUUGUCUACUUCGUCGUCAUCGUCAUCAUCGUUGCCGACUGGUUCCUUCGAGGUAAGCGGGAAUACCGUGGUCAAACCGCCCGGCAUGAGGAUGCUGAAGUCCUGCAUCGACGCGGUAGCGUUGUACAAAACUAG